AUGCACUCAACCAUAUUUUUCAUCCUACCAUUAGUUUUAUCAACCAUAAUUCCAGCAAAUCUCGAUUUGAAAGCCAAAACAGUUGGUGCUGGUACACAAGCUGCAGAAACCAAACGAGAUGUACAAACUGCUCAAUCCAAUGAUGCAAACAACGUAUACCACAGCAAGCGUGAGUUUAAAUCGGUGGUGUUGGGUGAUGUGAAGAACAAAGUUGUUAGGGAUUCAAUCAAUGCAAAUGAGUUGAUAUAA